UUUUGAGGGGGCAUUCGCAAAAGAUGGCGAAUCCCGAGCCAGAACCAGAAGCCACGCGACUCGGGCCCACUCCCACCUCCACCCCGCAGCCCGUGGCCGAAAUGUCACCGCCGCUGCGACUCGCCGUGCUCUGCUCCCACCUCCGGCGCGACGGCCCGGCACCGCCCGCCGGGGAACAGUUGGAGGCGGUGGCGGGGGUUGUCUCAACGUCCACGUACGCCAGCGGGGGAGGCGUGCCUGCCGGGGGCGACGGCGGUGGGGACGAGGACUCGGCGUGCUGCGUGUUCUGCCGCAUCAUACGGGGCGAGGCGCCGGCGUAUAAGGUCUACGAAGAUGAAGUAUGCCUCUGCAUAUUGGAUUCUCAUCCAUUGGCUCCUGGGCAUUCCUUAAUCAUUCCAAAACGCAAUUUUCCAUCCCUUGAAGCAACUCCACCGCCUGUGGUUGCAGCCAUGUGUUCCAAAGUGCCAUUUCUUAGCAAUGCAAUUAUGAAGGCUACUGAAUGUGAUUCAUUCAAUUUGGUGGUCAAUAAUGGAGCAGCUGCGGGACAAGUAAUUUUUCAUACGCAUUUCCACAUCAUUCCACGUAGAUUUGGUGAUAAGUUAUGGUCUACUGAGGUAAUGAGCUUUAGAAGACGCUCCAUUGAGCCAAACAAGACCUCAGGUCUUGUGAACUGCAUCAAGGAACAACUAUGUUCUACACUUGAAGGCUGCAAGACUGAAGCCUCUUCACUGCUCAUGGAACCAUGACACAAAGCUGUGCCAGUCCAGUACAUAUAUAAUGACAAGUCCAGUACAUAUAUAAUGCGAUCCAGAUAGCUGCUCCAGCCACAUAAUGGGAUUCACUGCGUACCAAAUGCAAUAUGUCUCUUAACACUGAUUGCAUGGUCAUUCUGCGAUUUGGGGUUGCUCGAAAGUUUGUUGUUGGUCUAGUUACAAUGGUGUUAUUACGCCUGUAAAAGGAAAAUAGCUGAGAGAGGCAUCCCAGGGACAUGAUUGAUAGAUGUACAAUCAUUCUUGUCCUCCUUCCCAGUUCAGUGUUGUCAGCCAUUCACCAUCAUCUCAUUCAGAUUUGCAGUAUAUAAAGUUGUGCCUCUUUCAGCAUUCAGAGCAAUGUGCAAGUUGGCGCCAAGCUCAUCGUUUCAUCGACUUCAACAUGAAUCCUUCAUCUUGCAUCGGACGGCUCCUGUGUUCCUUCAAUUAGUUGAGUGUUGAGAGACUUUCAAUUUCUAAUCAGUUGACAAUUGUGCUUUGUAAUAAUUAACAUCCUUGCUAGACUAAUGACUGAGUCAGCAUAAAGACUCUGGUCGGGCAUUGUAUGGGGAUCAUCGGAGCCAACAAGUUGAUUUGAAUCCGA